UUUGCUUUCAUAAUACGAAUCAUGAUUGCAACUUUCAAGAUUGUCCAUUUUUUCAGCAUUAUUUUAUUUUUCUAUGAAGUCAGCUCGAAAAAAUUACGAAUAGAAGGAGGAACGUAUGACUAUCAAAACAAAUAUAAGUACCAAAUUUCCAUCCAGAAAAGAAGUAAAGAGGAUGGGUAUUUUUACCACGUGUGUGGUGGGGCUAUCAUAAGCAAUUUUCAUAUUUUAACAGCUGCUCAUUGUUUCGUUCGAGAGGAUUACAAAGCUGAUCUAGACAAUUACCAGAUAAAAGCCGGAACGAGUAAUGUGAAUGCAGAGGGAAUAGUUCGAUCUAUAAACUCCGUUGUAAUAGAUCGUACAUAUCCGAAAAAACUACAUGUCGACAUAGCUGUGAUCGAAUUAAAAAAUUCUUUGAAUAUUAAACGAAAUUCAAAAGACUUAAGUAAGAUCGAUCUACCGACGGGCAGAACGGAAUCAUACAAAAAUUGUCUUGCUAGGGUAACUGGAUUUGGUUUGAAUGGCUACAAACGUGAAAUAGACGCAAAUGGAAAAGAAGUUCUCAUUCCGAAAGUUGAUCCCUGGAGACGUUUUAUUGACGUGAAAAUCAUUGAUGCGCCAAGAAAUAUUGUAUGCAGAUCAAAUAAAAUUUUGUGUGUCGCGGGAAAUGCAAACGUAUUCCCUUGUCCAAUGCAUCAACGUGUUUGUCCGGGUGAUAGCGGUGGCCCCUUAGUAUACGAAAACGCUAUUAUUGGCGUUCUUAGCAGAGCUAAUCAAAAUAUGACCCCUGAAGAUCCAGGAUUUUUCAUAAAAGUUUCAACUUUUUUGGAUUUUAUUCGACAAGCCAUGGCGAAUGAAAAAAGAGGCAUCGUCAAAUGCGGUGGUAGUCCCGUAACAAAAAUGCUCAUUAUCACUUAUUCAAUUUUAUUCGUGAUGAAAGAAGUUACGUGUAUGGAAGUGUCUCGUAACAAUAUUGACAAAGAUAAUAUGUUCCGAUAUCAAGUGUCUAUCCAGUUGAGAGAUGAAGCUUUUGGGAAAUUUCGACACAUUUGUGGUGGUGCUAUAAUUUCGGAAUAUUUUGUUUUGAGUGCAGCACAUUGUUUCAUUGUUGAAUCUGAUGAAGAAUCCAUAAAUGUUGCGGAUCGACAAUUGAGAGUAGUAGCUGGGACAAAUAAAUUGUAUUCCAAUCAUGGCGAAGCAGUAUUUGUACAAGCCGUCGUCGUUAAAGAAAAGUAUAUAAAAGACCCUUAUCCGCAGGAUAUCGCUCUCCUUAAGCUUGAAACUCCAUUGGAUGUUUUAGGCAACGUAUUCAUAAAAGUUAUUUCAUUACCGACAGAUGCAAAAAUAGAGUCAUUCAAAAAUAAGCGCGCUACGAUAUCUGGAUUUGGUGCGGUAGGCUACACGAAAUUCCAGAAUAAGUCAAUGAAUAAAUCCGUUGAGUUACCUAUAUUGCCUGAAAUGCGCUAUUUUUUACCCAUGAAAAUUGUCACAAUUUUCAGCGACAUCAAUUGCCCAAUGUCGAAACAAUUACUUUGCGCAAAAGUCGACCUUCCAAAGUAUGACAUUUGCACGUACGUAAAGCAAAAUGUUGGUCCUGGAGACAGUGGAAGUCCUUUAGAGUUAGAUAAUGAAGUGAUUGGAAUUUUAAGCCGAGGCCCUAUAUGCUCGAAGGGUCAGUCAUUGCCAGCGAUAUUUAUAAAAGUAUCACACUUUUUAGGAUUCAUCAGAACAGCUAUGAACAUGGUUGACGACCAAACUAUCGGUAUUGUUUUUAUGAAAAAGAGCUGCUCCAAAAAUGCUCUAAUGUCUUGUUUUCAGCCGUUUUUUUCCAAAUCAGAUGAGGAGAGUGAUUAUGAAUUGGAUUUAGUACCUAUAAAUUAGGUAAACUUUUAAACUAAUAAAGUAAUUUUUAAAUUAGCUGUUGUACAUUAAAUUGCAUGAACUGAUAUAUUUAAUACAAUUAAUUAAUUUUCUGUAUACGACAUAAAUUACAUGAUUUUCAUAAGUGUUAUUUGGAAGUAU